CGUUCAAUGCAUCGCUGGUUCUGCGUCUCGAAUCACUAUUACAUAGCAUUGUGUUCUAAUAGUAAAUUAACCGCCAUAGCACCUAUCCAAUCUAGAUCCUCAUUAUCGCCGUUCAACAAUGAGUUAAGUGAUUAAUUACGUUUGGCUCAUCAAUAAUCGAAGUCAUUAUGAGCUCUUUAGUGUUCCAACUUCUUUGAUGACGUAACAAACUCAUUGCAUUUGACAAAAUCCACGAACAUGGUUGCCUGAUUAACCGUAUAUAUCAUAUGCAUGAUCGCAGUUAUACCCUAAAAUUAACUGGUACGGCAAUCAGGUACCAAACAUGCGGAUACAAUCAGCUCUGAAGGCUAAGCCAUACUAGACUAGAACCAAAAGCCGACUCGAUGUUCUAGCCGGUGGCGUUGCGUGCGUUACACCUCCUAAUUCUAUCAAACAAUAAACGCUCACACCUCUGAAGUUCUAGCAAACGAUCAGUCAGUUACCGUUAGAUCACCCCGCGGAACGGAAUGAAGCUCAGCGUUUGGACUAGUCUCGUGUUGCUUGUUUGCCUUUCUGGACCAUGUAUUGCCACGGUUGUGCGAAAAUUGACCCUUCUAGGUCCUUACGGAAAUCAUACACUCGGAGACUACGUUGAUUUCAGCAGUGCGUGGGGAUUGGACUAUGGUAACCCCAAUCCGAAAAUUCGAAAAUCUUACGACUUCAUCGUCGUUGGAGCUGGACCGGCAGGCUGCUCUGUGGCGAACCAUUUAUCUGAAAACCCUGACGUGACAGUGCUUCUUCUUGAGCUUGGCAAAGCGGAAAUCGCUCCAACCCAAGAUAUUCCUAGUGGAUUUCUGUUUCAAACUGCAACGGAUUACAACUUUGGGUACUUGAGUCAGCCGCAGACCAAAGGAUGUCAAGGUCUCAUCAACAAACAGUGCGCGUUUCAUCACGGUCGUGGUCUUGGAGGUUCGACUAUAAUAAACAACAUGAUCUACACCAGAGGAAACUGGCGAGACUUUGAUGGUUGGAAUGCGUCGGGAAAUCCUGGAUGGAGCUACCGCGAAGUACUUCCCUAUUUCAUCAAGGCAGAGAAUGCGAAUCUGAGAGAUUUCGGAAACAAUGGCUUUCACGGGAAGGACGGUUAUUUGUCGGUUGAAGAUAUACCCUAUCGAUCUCGUUUGGCAUCAACCUUUAUCCAAAGUGCUGAGAUGGCUGGACUUCCUUACAUUGAUUACAACACUAUGGAUCAACUGGGAUCUUCUUACAUUCAAUCGAAUACUAAAAGAGGCAUACGCUGGACUGCAGCUAGAGCUUUGUUGAAUCCCAUAAGAAAUCGAAAAAAUCUCCAUGUAUUAACUCGAGCUUGGGCCACAAAAGUGCUAAUCGAUAAAUCAAAAGUUGCUUAUGGCGUGGUAUACACAAGGGAUAAGAAAACAUACACCGUGAAGGCCAAACGAGAAGUAAUCCUCUCUGCUGGGGCAUUUGGAAGCGCUAAGUUACUAAUGCUGUCAGGAGUCGGUCCAAAAAGUCACCUCCAAGAUCUUGGUAUUGACGUUAUCAAAGAUCUGCCAGUUGGUGAAACUCUCUACGAACAUCCAGGUGUCCUAGGUCCAGUAUUUCUAGUCACUAAACCAAUUGAUAACAACAUAAACUUCGAAAGCCUCAUUACGCUUCCAAACAUUAUCAAAUAUUUAUUUGGCCAAGGACCAUUUACUUCAGCAUUCACAGAAACAGUGGGAUACGUCAAAUCACCUGUUUCGCCAUAUCCCGACGAUCCAGACUGGCCUGAUCUGGAAAUAAUUUUAUCGGCCCUUCAGAUUGGAGAUGACCCAACCACUGCUGGAAGAACCUAUUUCAGAGUCAACGAUGGAAUACGAGAGUCGUAUUUCCGACCUCUCUUCCAUACCCGUGCCUUCAUGUAUCUGCCACUCCUUAUGCAUAGCAGAUCAAAGGGAUCGAUCAAGUUGAAGUCCACCAAUCCGUACGAUCAUCCACUGUUCAACUAUACGUACUUUGAUGAUGAUCGUGACCUGCAAGCGUUGGUGUAUGCCAUCAAGGAAGCAAUCAGAAUCACCGGCCAGAAGCCAUUCAUCGACAUCGGAGUGGAACAGUACACGCGUAAGCUGCCCGGCUGCGAGGAGUUCGAGUUCAACAGUGAUGAUUACUGGCGCUGCUAUGUACGAACCCUAACCGGCUCCUAUUAUCAUUAUGUGGGAACGUGCAAAAUGGGACCGAAAUCAGAUCCAUCGGCUGUUGUCGAUGCACGGCUAAGGGUUUAUGGAGUGGAGAAAUUACGAGUCGUCGAUAUUGGAAUUGUACCGCGGCCGCCUUCAGCUCAUACAGCCGCAAUGGCGUACAUGAUCGGAGACAAAGGAUCAGACAUGAUCAAGGAGGACAAUGAUCUUGCAUGAUGGGAAAGCAACGGGACGUUGACCAGUGAAGAGUUACCUGUCUAUUAUAUUUAAACGCUAGAAUGAGCACCCCUACCAGAUAUUGUAAAAUUAUCUGCAUCUUUUAAAAGUAGUUGUUCAUUAAAACAUUAUUUCUCAUCCUACAGCUUGGUCAUGGACGUGGUUAAGACUGCUGGAUGAAAUCAAAUCAAGCAAAAAUAAACUCUUCAAAUGGCUGGAAUAUUA